AUCCCUUCAUGCAAUCUAUUAGAGCACCACGAUCAUUAUACAUAUCAAAGAAAUUGCUCUCGAAGAUCAUCAACUACACAAGUAUUUAUUUCUUAGAAUUUCAGCAAUCAUUAUCGUUAGGGAUCUGAAUACCAAGAUGAAGAUCUACAGUAAGAUCAACACUAAGAUCAGGCUGCUACGGCUCAAGAUCAUCAAGAUCAGCAUGAUGAAAGUGAUCAGGCUCAAGCAUCAUAAGAUCCCCAGGCCCAGGAUUCUGAUGACUGAAGGAACUGACUACAAGGAUGAAACGACCACCGUCGCCCGUGUUUAAACCUUC